AUGAUCAUCGAUGUGGAUGGUUUCGGAACUCACGAGGAUACUACCGAAGUCUGUCUCGACGCCCUUCUGGAGGCUUGCGGGGCAUUCAGCUAUUAUAGCAACUUAACGAGAAUACGAACAAGCCUUCAUCUGGGUGACCUUCAUCCAGUGCCUAGCCAGAAAGAACCGGACGUUGAGUAUGUAAGCUUAGCCGCCGAAGUCUUACUCGAGUACGCUUUUCAAGUCUGUGGGCCCGUCAUCGGAUCUAAGGUGGCAGAAACUGCUGAGAGUCUUCCCGACCGAGAAGAUCUCCCAUCGCAGACUAUAGCUACUCCUUUAGAAGACGCACAACACAUUGGUUUUCCCCUCGCCCAAUUCCCACAACCACCCUCAUUUUUCGCAAAAUCUGAAAGCACGAAAUCCGGAUACGGCAAGCGUCACGGAGUCAUUUUUGACUUUCCACGGGCUGGGAGGGAACUGUAA